AGUUUGCCAUGGGUUUAUACGACGGAUAAGGGUGGACAGAAUAUUCCGUUGAAUAGUUUCUAAUUUUUCUCCAUUUUAGACUUAGAAAUUAUUUUAUGGUAAAACGAUGCGGCUUAUUUUUCAUUGCAGGUUUUAAUACCGGACAGUUUCAAAAUUAUUUGGCAAGCUUCAGUCUUGCGGCUGCUGCUGUGUUUAUGAAGAAUGUUGAUUUUUACUACUUCAAGGCGGGGUAGUAGCGGAUAGAGUAAAAGCUGGGAAUUCUUUCAUCAUUUUACAGUUUUUGCGGACGACUAUUCUGCAGUUGACACAGAAUACAAGUUUCCCUUCGAAAUGGACCAAGAUAAAGUCAUUGAAGAGCUUACCGCAGAAUUGAAAAAACUGACAGAGGAGUCAAUUCGAUUGGAAAAACAAUUACAGCACUGUGAAAGAGAGUUAGCCCAACAAGACCGAGACGAAGUUGACUUCUAUGAAACGCUUCACAAAAUGCAGUUGGAGGCAGCCAGGGCGCGUAAUUAUGCCAUUCAACAAAGACUAGAUCAAGCAACGGCAGAAUAUAAUGAAAUGAGGAAGCAGCUUAAAAUCUUCUGCAAUGAGGCAGGCUUCAACAAAGGUCCAAAACCUCCAAGGCAGGAAGAAGUUGAUUAUAACUUUUGUAAAGCUAACCGUGAAGAUGAGAGGUGCAAAACACCUGAGCACGUAACCCCAUCUUACUGCAAAUUACGCCCAGAUAAAAGAUGCGAAAAAACUAUUUCUUUCUGUAAAAGAGCAUUUGAUGAUGACAGUAGAUGUCAGCUGCUUGACUAUGUAUUCUGUAAAAUAAAGCCAGAGCAUGAGAAAUGCAUCGCAGGUGAAAAUAUAACUAAAAGUUUCUGCAAACUGCGCGAACAUCCCCUAUGCAAAGCGACCGAUUCUUAUUGCAAAAGAUUCAAAGGAUAUGAUCCCAGGUGUGCAUCUGACGCACAUCUGGUCAAUCAUCUAUUUUGCAGAACCAAUAAAACUCAUCCACAAUGCAAAACACCGGAGAUAGUCACUUCCAGUUAUUGUAAAAGGCGUGAAAACGCAAAGUGCAAGAUAACAAAAUCGUAUUGUGAAAGAUUCGUCGGGUAUGAUGAAAGGUGCAAACAAGAACCAGAUGGUCCUCCCAAACCAGAUGGCCCUCCCAAACCAGAUGGUCCUCCCAAACCAGAUGGCCCUCUCAAACCAGAUGGCCCUCCCAAACCAGAUGGUCCUCCUGAAUCGGUUAAUCCUCCCAAACCCCCUGAAUGGAAGCCUAUAUAUAACAUUCACUAUUUUCCGGAAACAACAGAAAAUGGCUCUUCUUGCCAAGGGUGCAAAGAAAACGAAAAUGGAAUGACUGAAUCUUAUCAAAUAAAAUUACGAGAAAGGACAGGUCAAAAGGUUUCCCCUUUCUACGCAGAAUCCGAACAUCCUCCCUCCUCCUAUGCAGAAUCUGAACGUCUUCUCUCCUCCUAUGCAAAAUCUGAACGUUCUGACCUUUCGUACGAAGAAUCUGGAAAACCAGGGUAUCCUGCAGAUCGGAAAAGAUAUCAAAAGUUGAAUUUUGAGUUGUGUCGAAAAUAUGCAGAUCCCAGGUGUGCGUACAAUCGUGAUUGGUGGUCGCUUGACAGUUAUUGUAAAAUAGCAUACCAUCCCGACUGCAAGAAGACAGCUUCGUUUUGUGCUAAAUUCGAAAAAAAGGACGAGAGGUGUCGCGUUAUAGACCACAUAUAUUGCAAAAAUCAUAGGAACGAUCCUCGAUGCGCCUCAGUGGAAGUAACCGAUAGCUACUGCAAUCGACGUGCUGACAAAAAAUGCAGAAGAACAACCUCCUAUUGCCAAAGGUUUGCAGGAGACGACGAAAGAUGUCCAAAUAUUGAUCACGAAUGGUGCGCGAAAUAUCCUGAACAUGAAAAGUGCCAAGUUAGGUAUCCUCCUACUCACAGUGGUUGCAGACUUCUUCCUAAUCAAACUGCAUGCAAGCCCACCCUCUCUUAUUGCAGGAGAUUCUUUGCAAUUGACGAUUGAUUGUCGUA